CUGGGUUCGUCCGGUGGGUCGGCUGGUGAAAGGGGAAUAGCGAAAUGCACUGAUUGGAGAGAGAAAAAAAAUAUGGCUGACGUGAUAUGGAGGCACUAUCUGCUUGUAUGUGGGAGUGCUGAUGAUUGUCCCUUCGUUUGCUGACGAGAAGAUGAAGCAGAUUUUCCGGCUGUUUCUGCCGACGCAGAUAUUUAUGCAAAUAACUCGGAGUCUGUGAACAUCAACCACAAUGUUGUCCAGGUAACGGCUUGUUUUUUUAUAUUUUGAGAAUUGAAAGUCCUACAGAACGAAGGCUUGUUUGCCAAACAACGUGUGACUCUCCUAUAAUCUCGCACGUAUUUCAUGUUUAAUAUUCCAAUCGAUUUGGUUAUUGUCUCACACGCGGUGUUGAUCUGGACUGGUUUACAUUGAGGCCGUGUGUGGAAGUAUUUAGCAGUCGUUUGAAUGCUGAAAACGCAGACUGGAUAUCGCUAUCGAAAUAUUGAUCUGUGAAUAGAAAGCGGUGUCAUGCUGUUAACUGCGCAAUAUUCGUAAUGGCAUGACACUUUGCAUCCGAGAAUACCUAACACUUUCAAGCUGGCCUCUGAUUCGGUAAAAAGACGGUGACCUUCCGUGACCUGUGUGACGUCAUUCAGCGCUGAUUUAUUUUCUUGAAGGCCUACGUGCUUCCAAGGUAACAUUCCACUUGUGUGAUGUGUGUAGCACCGCAUCAACAUUGCCAUGGUGAAGUAUUUCGAAGAGUGAACCUACCCAACCACUUCCAUGCACUCAGAGAACCGCGGCUUGUAAGGAUUUAAGAGCCUCACAGAGAAAAGACAAAAGAAUCAACGAUUAUAGGAGAGAGGCCCUCGACCGUUUGCGGACCGUUCAACCGGCGACAUGUCGCCUCUUCCGCCCUCGGAAAGUUUGAUUGAUUGAAUCGACGCCAUCUGUUGCCGUGUACCUUUGCACCUUCGCGCACACAACAAAGAAGAAAGAAAAAACGUCAGCAUGUCUGAUUCCAGAGAUAGAGAUGGGAAGGGGGUCAGAAGUAGCGGUAGCAGCAGUAGAAGCAAAACACCGUCACGCUCGGACGUCAUGGAGAAAACACUGGGCGAGUUACGGGGCAAGGUGACUGAAGUCACUGAUGAGUCUUUCAAUAAGGCAUGGGACCGCGUGUAUGGGAAUAAGGAGUACCGACCCUCAUGGGUGGGGAAGAUCACUGACGGAGGACGGCAGCAUGGGGGACGCGGACUACCCCCGCCCAAGGCUCUCUACGUGCCCGGUGUGGGGCAACGACCGGAGCCUGCUGCAACCCACGGUGCGUCCAAACCCACCGACGACCAGUCACUCAAGAAGAUCGACGAAGAACCAACACCCAAGCCAACAUCAAAGCCUAAGAAAUCUGACGAGAUUAAGUCGAAGCAGUACGCCGGUAUUCCAGAGCAAUUCCGGGCUAAACACGUGCCCAGCCCGUUGAAAAUUGGCGGCAAAGUCGUGCCUCAAGAGCAAGAGUUAGACACGUGGAAGGAUGCCAUCGCUUCGGAUGAGGUCAGCAGCGACGGUAAGCCUGUCUUCAACAAAGUGGUCAAGCAGACCAACAUCACGGGAUGGAUGGAUCAUAAUAACUACUGGGAGCAAAAGACUACCAGUCUCACCUCCAACCCUCCGCCGGCAAGAAGACGACAGAAGCCCCGCAUACAACACCACAUCGUCACGGCCAACUACGACAUGGUCGGCAAGUACGAGAACAAGGUCCGCCGGCAGGACUUGAAGAUCGGCGCCGUACAGCUGCCGGCCGAGAAGGAGCUUAAGAGCUGGGGAGAUGAUCUGGAAAUCCCUGACGACUUGGGGACUGCGGACUACAGUCUGGAGGACGCCACGGAUCUGGAGCCCGCCAGCUCGCCUCGACGGCAGAAGUGGAACGCUGUGCUGAAACACUCAAAUGUGCCUGGGUUCUUCACCCAUAACAACUACUGGAAAUGAACCAAGGUUUGCCGUGCAAAUCGCCACUUUAACUUUUGUUGACAAGUUACGAAAUGGUGCCUACGCAAACUUGACUCACUACGAAAAUUGGCAUAAAAAUGCAUCCUCGCAUGCAAAUUCAUUGCAAACGAAAGAUUUCGGCCUCUGCAACAUUAUCAACGACCUAGAGUGUAGCUGUUAGUGAUUAAAGAUGGCUGAAUCGUUUGAAUAUGAUUUGACCCUUGACAUGCUUAAUUUACAUACAUAGCGCCCUCUGUUCACGUCUUCUCAAAAUCUUUAAAUGAAAUUAGAUAAGUCGUAUUAUCUAUUUGCCGCUGUAAAAUGCGUUUUUAAAACCUGUUAUGUUUAAAUGACGAAAAAUACAUGAAUGAACGACAUAACAUCGAUUGGUGGCAGCAUAGGGCUACAAACCAAUCCAUUGACGACGUCUUUCUGCGCAUGCGCUCAGCUGCUUAAGCGCAAACACAACAAUGAAUGGCCGUUUCGUCCCAGACCCAGGGCGAGUAUAAGCACAUUGUAAUCUUGCUGCAGGGCAACUUGCUUGAUUAUGUCGUCUUGGUGCCAACAGGGGGCGCUUUGUAAUAUAAAUGUAUUUACUUUCGCUAUGUACAUAAUACAUUGUAAGACUAAUUUUAAUAUGCAGGU